AUGCAGAGUUUUCACGACGACCUGAAAAUUACAUGCGACUACCCCUCCUGCACGCACACCUUCUCCCAACUCGGCAACCUCAAAACCCACCUCCGUCGGCACACUGGCGAACGCCCCUUCGCCUGUCCCACCUGCGGGAAAACAUUUGCCCAGCGCAGCAACGUACGCGCGCACGUCGCUGUGCACGACGCAGCGAAGAAGUAUGUCUGCCGCUUGGACGAAUGCGGGAAAUUAUUUUCGCAGUUGGGGAAUCUGAAGAGUCAUAUGAAUAAAUUCCACGUCGAGACGCUAGGGGCGCUAACGGCGAGGUUUGGGGAGAGCGAGGCGAGAAGGGGGGGGAAGGAGGGGGAGGAGGAUGAGCUGUUGGAGUAUUUCCGCAGUCUCUAUCGCAACUCUAAUAAAGGCAUCAAGGGGCGUGGGAAAGGGAGGAAAGUCGCAUCUACAACCCACAACACCGGCAGCACGGCCACAUCUCCGCUAUCGCUAAGUUCCUCAAUAUCCUCAGUCUGCUCGCUCGCUUCCCUCCCACUCUCCCCCCCUUCAUCGACGUCGAUAUCGUACACCGGCGGUAUGGGGAUGGGCGCUAGGAUGGAGAUGGAAAUGUUUUGA